ACGACUCCAACGCGUGACGAACCUUGGACUCACCCGCAAAAGCCAGCAAGCAGCCUUAUCACCCCCAGCGCCGGUGUUGACUGCUACCGCUUCUUCCUCCAGAGCUUGUUUGGCUGCACUGUAUCAUACAGUGUUUCCCGGGGAGCCCGCUCGUGCCCCGACCGCCGCUGUUAUUUCCGGGCUCUGAGCUUAUAUCUGGGCGCGGUAUUAUCACCCGUCGUCCGUCGUCAUAUAGAGGCUUUCAUACGGCAGUUCCCACAGAUAUACGGUAUUGGGCCUCUCCUCCUCUCCUCCUGCUCGCUGCUCGCUGCUCCUACGCCUCUAUCCUCUCCAUCCCUUCCCUCACUUUGUUACACUUACCGGGCCGGCACUAUUCAUAUUCCGCGAUCCUACCGUCAUUGCUCGUGUUCCGAAGCCCCACUCCCCACUAACCCACUGCCCUUCCCCCACUCCCUGCCCUCUCUAUCUUUCCCCUCGCUCCUCUUUCGCAAUGAAUACCCGACCACAAAUAGCGACGACUGGCCGUCCGCAAGCACUCUCUGCCACUUUCAACAAAGAUAACUCUUGCUUCUCUAUUGGCCUUGAUAGCGGGUUUUGUGGUAUGCUAUCCCUUCCAACCCCCCCCACUCCUGGUCGUGGAGCUUAUCCUGUACUGUAAUGUUUUUAGUCUACAAUACAGAUCCAUGCGACCUUCAAAUAUCCCGAAGUAUGUUCUCCCGGCCCUCCGAUGCCGGAUAUAUAAUUUCACUCGAGACUGACAAUAUCCCCUGCAUCCUAUAGGUCUCGGCGCUGGCAUUGGUGUAGCAUCUAUGUUGGGUAGGGCUAAUUACCUCGCUCUUGUUGGCGGGGGCCGCUCCCCAAAAUUCCCGCCAAAUAAGGUCAUAAUAUGGGACGACAUCAAGCAAAAGGCUGUGAUAACUCUUGAGUUCCGUUCCGAGGUUCACGCUGUGCGCCUGUCACGGCAACGCAUAAUAGUUGUCUUGAUUGGCACGGUUCAUAUCUAUGCCUUCUCGUCGCCCCCUACUGGACUGCAUGUCUUCGAUACCCAUGACAACCCACUAGGGCUUGUCGCACUUUCAUCAAAGUUCUUAGCAUUUCCUGGUAGAACACCCGGCCAUGUAAAUAUAUUUGAUCUGGCAACCGGGAUCGUUAGUAUCAUACCCGCACAUUCAACUCCACUAUCGGCAAUCACAAUUUCGCCGCAGGAUGAUCUUUUAGCCACAGCAUCAGAGACGGUAUUUCCUAGUGCUCUUCAUGAUAUGAAACAAACUUUACUAAUAAGAACAAGGGCACGCUAAUCCACGUUUACUCAACAGCUACGUCUCGGAUGAUCAGAGAGCUACGCAGAGGGAUCGACAAGGCUGCGAUAUUUUCACUCGCGAUAUCCCCCUCCUCGUCACGACUCGCUGUAACCAGUGACAAAAAUACACUCCAUGUGUUUGAACUCCCUUCCUUAUCUUCUGUUACCCAGACACCAGUUCGCCCAUCAUCUUCACACAGCACCGCCUCCAGUGCCCCGUCCGGCGAUAAUCGACGAUAUUCAAUGCUGAGCAAGCUCCCUCUCCUCCCAAAGUAUUUUUCCAGUGAAUGGAGCGCUGCUCAUGCACCCUUCGAGGGCGGCGGGCGUGGUGCAUUGGGAUGGAUUGGAGAGGACUCUGUGGUCGCGGUUGGGAUUGGUGGAAAGACCGGAGAGGCAAGAUGGGAAAAGUUCGUGAUUGUGGAGGCUGAGAAUGGUGGGGGUAUUGAGUGCAUCCGGGAAGGUUGGAGGAGAUAUCUGGACAACGACUGA